UGGAGCGGUGGACAUUUUUCUCGUCUAAAGUCAUGCCGUCUGAGCCAUUUAAUUGGAAACCCACUGACAGACGGGGCUACACCGCGCGGCAUUCCGUCGCUGCCAGACGCUGAUUGUCUUGCGCUGAAGUCGCGUGGUCCGUGAACAUGUUGAAGGGGAUUUGGCUGGGCGGCGUGAAUAGUAGGCUACGGUCGGGGCAUCUCGUGAAGACUUCUCUGUGACGGUAUACCGUGGGGUGACUGCGACGGCAGGUGCGCGCACGCAAGUGGGGACUGACAAAAACCUCGGCUUCUCCGUGCCAAAAAGAAAGGUCACGUUUGAAUUGAACAGCGCGGACAUUUCCUAAGUCCGGGCAGCAAUAGUUGUACAGCUGGAGUGAGAAACUACUGACAUUAAGAAAAUCGAAUAAAGGGGGAAGUCUAACCAUAAUUUCCUCUUAUCCUGUGGUACAGUUCUCAAGGGUAAGCUUUUCUGUUCCGAGAGGUAUAAAUGAUCACCUCAACAAGACGAGUAUCUCCUGACAAACCCGAAGUUAGAAUCGCCUUCAGCCUUGAUGAGCCCAAAGAGCUGAAAGAUGACGAGUUGUUACUUACAUCCUUCCCUGGCCUGGAACAGCAGCUACAGCCAGUGCUCCCCUGUCAGUCACUGAGGGAAUCGGUGCAGGUGUACAGGGACCACUGCAAGAUGGCCACCGAGUUUCACCAGGUCAAAAUUGAAAUUGCCCAGCUGGAGGAUCGAAAGAGGGAGCUGAUCGCGGAGCUGGUGGAGGACGAGACGGCGUCCAUGGAGAUCGCCCGACUGGAGGAGGAGUUUCGGGUCCUGGCCGAGGAGAACCACACGCUGGUCACGGUCCACAGCGAGCGCUCCCAGCAGCUGGAGACGCUCCGGGUGCUGAGUCAGAAGAGACCCGGAUCUUCCUGACCUUUGACCUCCGACGCCCCCCUCUGCCGUGCCCCCCUCCUGGGGAGGCUCCCGUGUAGAAUCCACAGCGUGAGGGUGUGGUCCAGACUGCCGUGCAGGGACCCGGGGGGGCCCUUUUAUCAGGGGGGGGGGGGGGUCCACGGUCAUUUUAUUGCCUUGUGCAUCUUUAACUGAUUUUUGUUUUUUUUUUGUUCAAAACACAUGGGAAUAUAUUGAUUUCUGGGUGUCUGUUGGAUACUUGUAUUAAUACCUAGGUGUGCAUUUUCCUACUGAAUUGUAUUAGUGUAAGUGUAAACGGGAAAGAGGCUAAUCGCUACGUGUGCUUGACCUCUGUUUGUAUUGUACAUGAAGAACCUUGGGCUGUUGAUUCUCCAUCAAAGGGAAGACAGUGUAUUUGAUUGAUAAUUUGAAAAUGCUAGUCACAGUAUUAACUCUGAAUAAAACUCAUGUGAAUGCGUUA